AGGAGGAGGUGGAGAGGGACAUGGAGAGGGAAGUGGAGAGGCGAGUUGCUGCUGUGACUGAGGCUCUGCUGGGGAGAUUGCAGGAGAGUGAGAAGAGGGCGGAGGAGAUGAUGUGGGAGGAGAGGGAGAAGGAGGCAGUUGCCGCUCUGAAAGCCAGUCAGCGGGAGCUGGCAGCCGCACAGCAGGCACUCUCUGCUGCCCUGGAAGAGCUUGCUGGGGCUCGUGCUACAGCAGCAGCUUUUGACGCGUCUCAGGAUGUAGCAUUAGCACAGCAGGCGCUCUCGGCUGCCUUAGAGGAGCUUGCUGAUGCCCGUGCUACAGCAGCAGCAGCACAGGAGCGGGUGCACGAGUUAGAGGAGCAGAAAGCCAAAGGAGGGCAGCAGCAGCAGCUGGAAAGCUCAGCUGGCGUUUCCGGUGCUGCUGCUGUUGCUACAGCUGCUCCUGCUGGCCCGCUGUGAGUCGUGCUUCUGCUGCCGCGGAUGCAUCUGGUAUGAGGGAUUCUUCACACCAACAACCCCAGCCCGAGCUUCCGGCAUCUGUUAUGGGGGAUUCUUUACACCAACAACCCGAGCCUCUGGAAUCCGUGCAGCUGACGGAGCGACACCUGGACGACAUCCGAGCCUUGCUGGCGGAUUACCGAGCCUUGGAGUCCGCUCUGUCGGAGGCUCGGGAGGAGUGCCGAGCCUUGGCGACAGCUAAGGAGGAGGGGGAGCGGGCCAUGGCACAGGCGCUGGCAGAGCAUGCAGAGAUGGCGGAGGAGGUGGGGAGGAUGGAGGGGGAGAUCAAGAGGCUGAGGAAAGAGUUGAGUGGGAGAAGCAUAGCAGAUGGAGAGGGCAGGGCGUUUGGUCAGUGGAAUGACG